AUGGAUCUUCGUGUAGGAGGAAAGUACCGCAUCGGUAAGAAGAUCGGCUCCGGCUCCUUCGGUGACAUCUACCUCGGCAUCAACAUCAUCUCUGGUGAAGAAGUCGCCAUCAAGCUCGAGUCCAUCAAGGCCAAGCACCCUCAGCUCGAGUACGAGGCCAAGGUCUACAAGACUCUGGCUGGUGGUGUCGGUGUUCCCUUCGUACGAUGGUACGGUCAGGAGUGCGACUACAACGCCAUGGUCAUCGACCUUCUCGGCCCUUCCCUCGAGGACCUCUUCAACUUUUGCAACCGCAAGUUCUCGCUCAAGACUGUCUUGCUUCUUGCCGACCAGAUGAUCUCUCGAAUCGAGUACAUCCACUCGCGCAACUUCAUCCACCGUGACAUCAAGCCCGACAACUUCCUCAUGGGUAUUGGCAAGCGCGGCAACCAGGUCAACGUCAUCGACUUUGGUCUCGCCAAGAAGUACCGUGACCCCAAGACCCACCUGCACAUCCCCUACAGAGAGAACAAGAACCUUACCGGUACCGCCCGUUACACCUCGAUCAACACCCAUCUCGGUGUUGAGCAGUCGCGACGAGACGACCUCGAGAGUUUGGGCUACGUGCUCAUGUACUUCCUCCGUGGCUCGCUCCCGUGGCAGGGCCUCAAGGCGGCUACCAAGAAGCAAAAGUACGACCGCAUCAUGGAGAAGAAGAUGACCACCCCUACCGAGCUCCUCUGCCGAGGCUUCCCCUCCGAAAUGGCCAUUUACCUCAACUGCUGCCGAUCCCUCCGCUUCGACGACAAGCCCGACUACUCGUACCUUCGCAAGCUCUUCCGCGACCUCUUUGUCCGCGAGGGCUUCCAGUACGACUAUGUCUUUGACUGGUCCAUCCAGCAGCGCAGCGAAGACGCCAAGGCCGAACCCGUGGUCAAGCAGCAGCAACAGCAGCAGGUCGUCCAGCAGCAGGCCGCUCAGCUGCCCCGUCGCAAGGUGCUGCCUCAGGAAGGUGAUGAGGCCGUCAACAACGGCAUGGACACCACCCGUGCUGCCUACGGCACCGCCCGACCCGCCGACAAGGCUUACCUGACUUCGCAGAACAUGCCUAGCUCCUCCCGCCCUCUCAAGCGCGAGGACCAGCCCGGCUACUACUAA